GAGUCAUUCAGGUUGGAAAAGACCUCCAAAAAAGAUCUCCACCUCCAACCCCAACCCAACCCCACCACCAUCCACCUCAGUGCCCCUCGUUGCCUCAAUUUGCUCAGCAAUUCUCUCCACCCCACUCAAAUUCAAUAGGAAACCAAACCAGAAGGAUUUCUGGUUCCCUGAGCACCCGCCAGCCCCCACCUCUGCCCUCCCCUUCAGGUACACCAAGAUGAAGACAGCCACCAACAUCUACAUCUUCAACCUGGCGCUGGCCGACGCGUUGGCCACCAGCACGCUGCCCUUCCAGAGCGCCAAGUACCUGAUGGAGACCUGGCCUUUUGGGGAGCUGCUCUGCAAGCUCGUGCUCUCCAUCGACUACUACAACAUGUUCACCAGCAUCUUCACCCUCACCAUGAUGAGUGUGGACCGUUACGUGGCUGUGUGUCACCCGGUCAAGGCGCUGGAUUUCCGCACACCGGCCAAGGCCAAGGUCAUCAACGUCUGCAUCUGGGUGCUCUCCUCUGUCAUUGGGGUGCCCAUCAUGGUCAUGGCAGUCACCAAGUCAAAAGCAGAUGGAACAGUGCUGUGCACGCUGCAGUUCCCCGACCCUCCCAUCUACUGGGACACGGUGACCAAGAUCUGCGUCUUCAUCUUCGCCUUCAUGGUGCCCAUCCUGGUCAUCACCAUCUGCUAUGGGCUGAUGAUCCUGCGCCUGAAGAGCGUCCGUCUGCUCUCAGGCUCCAAGGAGAAGGACCGCAACCUGCGGCGCAUCACCCGCAUGGUGCUGGUGGUGGUGGCAGCCUUCAUCAUCUGCUGGACUCCCAUCCACAUCUUCGUCAUCGUCUGGACGCUGGUGGACAUCGACAAGAAGAACCCCUACGUGGUGGCCAGCCUGCACUUCUGCAUCGCUCUGGGUUACACCAACAGCAGCCUCAACCCCGUCCUCUAUGCUUUCCUGGAUGAAAACUUCAAGAGGUGUUUCCGUGAGUUCUGCCUGCCUUUCCGAGCUCGUGUGGAGCAGAACAGCUUCUCCAGAGCUCGGAACACCACGCGGGAGCGCGUCUCCACCUGCGUCCCAUCGGACGGCCGCGGCCAGCCGGCAUGACUAGGCGUGGGUGAGCAGCGGGGUGCUGGGGAUGAGCCACGCUCAGAGGUCACCCAGGAGACCACCACAGAGCUUUAGCCCUGCUGGGACUGAAUGCAGACAGACUGCAGAGAGUUUUCUUUUUGGUGGGGCUCAUUGAGCCAUAAGGGGACGCCCAUCGCGCGCGUAGGGUUUGGGCUGUCUUUCUGCCUAUGGAAAACCCACCGGUGAGCAGUGGUUUACUGGAGGCCUCCAAGCCUACUCUGGCCCCAAAGAGGACUUUCGAGUUGAUACUCUUGCUGUGUUAUUGGGAUCUCACUGGCAACCCUGCCCACGGGUGCAAAGCUGGCAAUGCUGGCGCAGCAUCCCCAACCCGGCCCCACAGCCACGCUGCAUUCCUGCAUCCCACAGGGCAGCUCCCAUCAUCCGUCUGCUGCCAGAGACAGCCAGCCCGAGGAAGAUCUCAUUACAGAGCAAUUGGUGGGGACUU